AUGUCUUCUUAUCCAGUUACCAACGGGGUGAUCACUUUUCUGCCGCCGCCGGAAGGAUACGUCGUCGACUUUGACAAUCCUCAGCAGCAAGAUGCACUCAAACAUUUUCUCAUCUUCGGCAUCUUCGGGUCUCUGGCCAUUCUGUGUCUGUUGCAGAGGCUAUAUGUAAAGUAUUACAUAAUGCGCGGGUUGAAGAUUGACGAUGUCUUGAUCACACUGGCAUGGAUUUUCUCUAUUGUCAUGCAGUCGGCUCAGAUAUGGUCAAUAUCUAUCGGAGGUCUAUGCCAUCAUGCAUGGGAAAUGCCCAUUGACGUCUUUGAGAAGCAUAUGCUGAGUUCUUACAUCGCCGCUCCAGCGUUCAUCAUCUGCAACGGUCUGACGAAAAGUUCGCUUCUGACUUUCUACCUUCAAGUGUCCCCGCAGAAAUGGUUUAGAAGAGCGAUAUUUGUGACCAUCACUUUCGUUGUUCUAUACACCAUUAUCAUCGCCAGUCUACUGCUUUUCGGAUGUCAACCAAGAGAGACAGCAUGGGAUCCCUACUUAUUCGCUAGCGGAAAGUGCAUUAACUAUGCCGUCAUGUACAUAAUCAUCGCUGUCGCCAACAUCAUCUCAGAUAUAGUUCUCUUCGCCAUUCCUAUGCCGAUGAUUAUUCGCUUGAAGAUGCCGCUGGGACAGAAAAUUGGCCUGGGUAUUAUGCUCGGCAUUGCUACCAUAACUGUCACGACGUCUAUUAUCCGCAUGAUCUACUUACCCUCACUCUUGGGAGCAUUAGAUAUCCCAUGGAUCGCAGCCCCGGCAAAUGUCUGGUCAUUCGUGGAAGUCAACCUCUUCAUUAUAUGUGGCUGCAUGCCGACAUUUCGCAAGUUCUUCAAACGCUUCGCACCGAAAUGGAUGGGCUCUUCAAGCGACUCAGGCAGUUCAGAGCCACCUUCAAACGAUUCGCUGCAUAAAGUACAGAGGAAGAAGCAUACAGGCUACUCUCAGUUUGACACAUGUGGUUCUUUGGAACUGGCGACCUACCCCGACACCGUGAGCCGAACAACCCAAAUUACGGCAGGGAGUAUUUGCAGUGGAGUGAUGGGAAACAGGUUGGAUAAUGCGAGCGAAGAAGCAAUAUUGCAGCCAACCAAGAUUGUGUGCACAAAAACGUACAACGUCUCACACGGCGAAUAG